GAAGUGUGUGUAUCGUGUAUAUUGUGUGUAAUUGUGUGUGUAUAUAUUUGCUGCGUGUAAUGUGUAGGUUGAAUGACAUGAAGCAGAGACUCAAGACAGCCCAGUGCUAGAAGGAACCAAUGCGAGCAGUGUCCAUACGACAUGAGCCAUACUGGACACAUUCAUCUGUACCACAAAUCACACAUGGCCAAGAAGGCCUUCAAGUGUACUGUAUGCGAGAAGGUAUUUCGACGUUCAUCACAACUUAGAACUCACCAGAGACAGCACACAGGAGAGAAGCCCUUCGAGUGCACUGUCUGUGGUAAAGCGUUUACACGUUCAGCAACUCGUCACGUUCACCAGAAAACACACACAGGCGAGAAACCCUUCAAAUGCACUGUGUGUGGAAAGGCAUUUGCAGGUUCAGGAAAUUUUUUGCAACAUCAGAGAACACACUCAGGCGAUAAGCCCUUCAAGUGCACUUUGUGUGAGAAGGCAUUUAAACAGUCAUCACAUCUCCAAAUUCACCAGAGAACACACACAGGCGAGAAACCCUUCAAGUGCACUGUGUGUGGUAAAGCGUUUACACGCUCAGGAUCUCUUAACAUUCACCAGAGAACACACACAGGCGAGAAGCCCUUCAAGUGCACUGUUUGUGGUAAAGCGUUUACACAGUCAGCAUAUCUUAACAUUCACCAGAGAACACACACAGGCGAGAAACCCUUCAAAUGCACUGUGUGUGGAAAGGCAUUUGCAGGUUCAGCAAAUUUUUCGCAACAUCAGAGAACACACUCAGGCGAUAAGCCCUUCAAGUGCACUUUGUGUGAGAAGGCGUUUAGACAGUCAUCACAACUUCAAAUUCACCAGAUAACACACACAGGCGAGAAACCCUUCAAGUGCACUGUUUGUGGUAAAGCGUUUACACGCUCAGCAUAUCUUACCAUUCACCAGAGAACACACACUGGCGAGAAGCCCUUGAAGUGUACUGUGUGUGGUAAAGCGUUUACUAAGUCAAAAUAUCUUAAGUAUCAUCACCAGAGACAACACACAGGCGAGAAGCCCUUCAAGUGCACUUGUACUGUAUGCGAGAAGGUAUUUCGACGUUCAUCACAACUUAGAACUCACCAGAGACAGCACACAGGAGAGAAGCCCUUCGAGUGCACUGUCUGUGGUAAAGCGUUUACACGUUCAGCAACUCGUCACGUUCACCAGAGAACACACACAGGCGAGAAACCCUUCAAGUGCACUGUUUGUGGUAAAGCGUUUGCACGGUCAGCAUAUCUUAACAUUCACCAGAGAACACAUUCAAGCGAUAAGCCCUUCAAGUGCACUUUGUGUGAGAAGACAUUUAAACGCUCAUCACAUCUCCAAAUUCACCAGAUAACACACACUGGCGCCAAUCCCUUCAAGUGCACUGUUUGUGGUAAAGCGUUUACACGGUCAGCAUCUCUUAACAUUCACCAGAGAACACACACAGGCGAGAAGCCCUUCAAGUGCACUGUGUGUGGUAAAGCGUUUAUACAGUCAGCAUACCUUAACAUUCACCAGAGAACACACACAGGCGAGAAGCCGUUCAAGUGCACUGUGUGUGGUAAAGCGUUUACACGCUCAGGAUCUCUGAACAGUCACCAGAGAAAACACACAGGCGAGAAGCCCUUCAAGUGCACUGUGUGUGGUAAAGCAUUUACACAGUCAAGAUAUCUUAAGAAUCAUCACCAGAGACGACACACAGGCGAGAAGCCCUUCAAGUGCACUGUGUGUGGGAAGUUAUUCGCACAGUCAGUCGACCGAAAUUGGCAUGAGAAGAUCCAUGUGGAGGAGGUGGAAUCCAGCCCAUCUCGCAUGCAACAAGACCCAAAAGACAACCCGAGUUUAGCAACGUGGCCAUCAGUGAAGGUUGAACGGGAAGAAGUGAAGGGGGAAUGUGAAGAGGUGAAGGUGAAAUGUGAAAAGGUGAAGAUGGAAUGUGAAGAAGUGAAAGUGAAAUGUGAAGAUGAAGACUCAACUCCAGGCCCCGACCUCGAGGUGGAUGGAGGCAGCGUCAAGCAGGAGCAGCUUUCGGACUCUGAGGGAGGGCGAGGCGACCCCCAUGAGGUUGUGGAUGUGGAGGUGUGGGUGGAGUUUUUGGGGGAGGGAUCGUGCAGUGGUUAGUGUGCCGCCUUACGAGCGCGGGGAACCCGAGUUUGAUUCCCGUUCACGGUCGACAUC